UUAUAAAGAUCAAGAAUUUGUGGAGUAUAUGCUGGAGUAAAGAUCAAGAAUUUGGGGAGUAUCUACCAUGGAAUUUGUGGAGUAUAAAGAUCAAGAAUUUGUGGAGUAUAUCCUGGAGUAAAGAUCAAGAAUUUGUGGAGUAUACACCAUGGAAGACACUCAAAGAAAUGAAAAUAAUUCACUCAUCACUGAGAAAGAAACUAAGCAUGAGCUAGACAACGAUUUUUUUGAUCGGCAUGAGCUAGACAACGAUUGCCAUGAUGAUGAUCUACUUAUUGCAUCACUUCCCAAAGAAAAGGGAUGGCUAGGUCUUGAAGAUCAUUUUUACCAAGGUUUUUGGUGCCCGGACAUCGUUAUUCGAGGAGUAAUGUCAGUCCAACAACACUUCAAAGCUCAAGACACAGACCUCAUACUCAUCACCAUGCCCAAAUCAGGCACCACUUGGUUGAAGGCCUUGGCUUUCGCCAUCGCCAACCGCCAUGACUACCCUAACACACUUUCUCAACACCCCUUGCUCACUUCCAACCCUCACAAGCUUAUCCCUUUUCUCGAAUUCAAUUCUAAUAAAGAAGGUUGUCAUAUUCGUAGCCUUCCCAUUGUCUCCAACUUUCAAUCCCCUACGGCUAAUAUUUUUUCCACCCACAUCCCCUACCAUUCAUUGCCCGACUCAAUUAAGAACUCUGGAUGUCGCGUUGUCUAUCUCUGUCGCAAUCCCUAUGAUGUCUUCGUCUCCACUUGGCACUUUGUGAAUAAGGCUAGAGCCGAGAGCUUGGGGCCUUUAUCAUGCGAUGAUGCUUUCGACAUGUUUUGUAGAGGUGUCAUGGGUUUUGGGCCCUUCUGGGAUCAUGCAUUGGGGCACUGGAAGGAGAGCUUGGAAAGGCCUCACAAGGUGUUGUUUUUGAUGUACGAGGACCUAAAAGAAGAGAUUACCCUUCAAAUAAAGAGGCUAGCAGAGUUUAUGGGUGUUCCAUUCUCUUUGGAAGAAGAAAGAAAAGGUGUGAUAGAAGAGACAUCCAAGUUGUGUAGCUUCAAUAAUUUGAGAGAGUUGGAGGUGAACAAAUCUGGUUCACUUCUACUAUUUGAGAAUAAGACGUUUUUCAGGAGAGGUGAAGUGGGUGAUUGGGUCAAUCAUUUGACGCCUGAGAUGGUUCAACGUUUAAACAAGAUCAUGGAAGAAAAGUUGGAUAAUUCUGGGUUAGUAUUUAAAACUAGUUUGUGAAAAAUGGUCAUUGUCAUUUCGUUGGUUGGAAUUACUACAAGUAAUAGUCUUGGGGUUAUAAGUCCCUUACAAGUUUGUAUUCUAUGUCACAUUUGUCUUUGGAUUAGAAAGAAGAUUAAUAAAAUCUUAUCUCAUCUCAUUUUUUGUUUGAAAA